CAGCUAACAAGAGAUAGAGUGAGAGUGAGAGACAUGUAUAGGUUCAGCAACACAGUGAUCGGGUUUUUGAACUUGUUUACACUUUUAGCAUCCAUACCAAUAAUUGGAGCAGGUCUAUGGAUGGCAAGGAGCAGCACAACCUGUGAAAAUUUUCUCCAAACCCCUCUUUUGGUUAUAGGAUUUGUUGUGCUGGUGGUAUCACUAGCAGGCUUCAUUGGUGCAUGCUUUCAUGUGGCAUGUGCACUAUGGUUGUACUUGGUGGUCAUGUUGUUCCUCAUAGCAGCACUGAUGGGUUUGACCAUAUUUGGUUUUGGCGUGACUAGCAAGGGUGGUGGUGUUGAAGUCCCUGGAAGGGUUUAUAAGGAGUAUCAUCUUCAGGAUUACUCACCAUGGCUGAGGAAGAGAAUACAGGAUCCUCGCUAUUGGAGCACUAUCAGAAGCUGUAUUCUGGGGUCUAAAACUUGUGAAAAGCUUGCCUCUUGGACCCCUCUUGAUUACAUGCAAAGGGAUAUGUCUCCAAUACAGUCUGGAUGUUGCAAGCCACCAACUGCUUGCACUUACAACAUGGCAACAAUGAUGAUGACACAAGACCCUGAUUGCUACAGGUGGAACAAUGCCCCCAAUUUGCUCUGCUAUGAGUGUGAUUCUUGCAAAGCUGGUGUGCUUGAAGACAUAAGAGGGAAUUGGCACAAGCUCUCGGUUCUCACUGUCACCAUGCUUGUGCUUCUCAUAGGAAUUUAUUCCAUUGGGUGUUGUGCUUUCAGAAACACAAAAAGAGCAGAAACGGAUUAUCCCUAUGGUGAAAACAGGAUGACCAAAGUUCGACCCAGAUGGGAUUACUAUUGUUGGAGGUGGUUACAUGACAGAAAAGAACAACUUUAUUAGAAGAGAAACUCUAACUAUCAUCCAUGUUUGGGUGCUCCAUUCCAUAGUGGAAGAAGAAUUCAGUAGUUUCUCAGUGUAUGGUGUAGAAGGCCUAAAGGCCUUUCUUUCUACCACCUUUCCCAAAUGGCUGCUUUUUUAUGUAUAAAGCAUAAUUUUGCUUUUUGUGCCAUAACUUUAUUUUGCCUUUUCUCAUUAGUGGAUGAUGGUUUUUAAUUUUAAUGCAUGAA